UGCAAUGACAGCUAGGUGGCAUAGAAAACAGAGCAGGUAACUGAAUGCAUCUUUAAAACACAACGAAGAAGAAGAAUGAACAUUUAGGCUUUGGCUGAAGUCGUGACCCCCCCAAAAAAGAGGUUUCUUUUAUCUGACGGGAGGCGAGAUGGGUUUCUACACUCUGACACGGAGCUCGGUUUAAAUCAGCGAAUCUGAAGGAAAAAUCUGCAUCAAUUGUUGAGUCAUCCGCUUUAAUUAAAUCAGUUCAAACACCGAAUAAAGUUUUGUCGCACCCAAGCGGGGAAGAGGCUCCAGUGCACCACUCCGCUGCUAGCUUAAAAACGAACCGGUAGACGCCCGCCGGUAAAACCAUCGCACCUUCAACCAUUCCUGUAACGUGAUUGGCCAUACUGAGAAAUCCAGGUAGAGACACAGCGCUUCGGGAUUGGCUGGAAUAGAUUUCCAGUUGACCAAAGAAAUGGUGAUGGAGAAGCCAAGUGCCCAGCUGGUCGGGCGAGAGUUUGUCCGACAGUAUUACACACUCCUGAACCAGGCCCCCGACUACCUGCACAGGUUUUACGGGAAGAACUCGUCCUACGUGCACGGCGGCCUGGACAACAACGGCAAACCAGUGGAGGCUGUUUAUGGACAAUCUGAGAUCCAUAAGAGGGUGAUGGCGCUGAGCUUCCGCGACUGUCACACUAAGAUCCGGCACGUGGACGCCCACGCCACCCUGAACGAGGGCGUGGUGGUGCAGGUGAUGGGCGAGCUGUCCAACAACAUGCAGCCCAUGAGGAAGUUCAUGCAGACGUUUGUGCUGGCGCCGGAGGGCACCGUUGCCAACAAAUUCUACGUCCACAACGACGUGUUCCGUUACCAGGACGAGGUGUUCGGGGACUCUGACUCUGAGCCUCCAGAAGAGUCUGAGGACGAGGUGGAGGAGAUCGAGGAGAGGGUCCCCUCCCCCGACGUCGCUCAGGAGGAGUCUGCUCCCUUCUACGACCCGACGCCGUGUUCGGAGCCGACGGUUCCCGGUGACGAGGAAGAAGCGGCAGCAGCGAGUCCAGAACCAGAGCCCGAGGUGGAGAAGGAGGCCGAGGCCGCCGCGGUGGAGCUGAAGCCGGAGACGACGCUGGAGACGCAAACGGACACAAACGCAUCCGACGACCAGACAGAUAAAAGCCCCGCCGCCCCGCCCACCUCAGAACCCGCCGCCGUGCCCGCCGAACCCUCCCCCGCCGCUCCAGAAGAAAACAGGCCGUUCUCCUGGGCCUCCGUCACCAGUAAAAACCUCCCUCCCAGCGGGGCGGUCCCCGUCUCAGGAAUCUCACACGUCGUCAAAGCCCCCACAGCACCGCCCCGAGCGGAGGUGAAGUCAGAGUCCCAGACAGCAACACAGAGACCACAGAGAGACCAGAGGCCGAGGGAACAAAGGCCUGGAGGAGGGCCUCCGCCGGUACACAGAGGACCCAGACCAGUCCGGGAAGGAGAGCAGGGAGAGACGGAGGGCCGCAGGGUGGUCAGGUACCCCGACGCCCAACAGCUGUUUGUGGGAAACGUUCCUCACGACGUAGACAAGAAUGAACUCAAGGAGUUCUUUGAACAGUAUGGUACAGUCCUGGAGCUGAGGAUCAACAGUGGAGGGAAGCUACCAAACUUUGGUUUUGUGGUGUUUGACGACUCUGAGCCCGUUCAGAAGAUCCUCAGCAACCGGCCCAUUAAGUUCAGAGGUGACGUCCGCCUGAAUGUGGAGGAGAAGAAGACCCGGUCGGCCCGGGAGGGCGACAGGCGGGACGUGAGGCCCCGCGGUCCAGGAGGUCCCGGCGGUCCCAGAGAGCGAAUAGGAGGCGGCGGCGGAGGACCCCGAGGUCCCCCCACCCGCGGAGGCAUGGCACAGAAACCGAGCUUCGGCUCCGGGCGGGGCGCAGGGCCCAGCGAGGGCCGCUACCCUGCCCAGCGCCAGUGAGGCACCCGGCCUCCAAACCUGAGUUAGAUUACUAUUGGGACUCAACUGAGUGGUAUUUGAUUUACUGCAGCAGGAACCAAUUGGACAAACCUAAAAUAUAACAAAGACCCUUCUUUACACUUCACCUAGAAGCAAGAGUCAGGAGGAACCGCUGGUCUGAGGUCCGGGGCGCCACACGCCCCGAUGUCUGACUGGUUUUCUCUCCUCAUUCUUUCUCCUAAAUGUGAGCGUACAAGUAUUUGGAAGUUUCUGUUAGUAACUGACGCAGGUUUGGUUGAGAGCUUUCACCGUCAAAUCACGCCAGCUCCUGCUGAAUCCAACAGUCUCGACGUGUCUCAUGAAGAUGACUGCCUCCCCCCCCCCCCCCCACACACACCUGAUUCUUCUUCUUUCUCACCUGCUGCUUUUUGUUCCCCUCUUAAGAAUCCAGAAUGUCACUCUUGUUUUUUACCCAUCACUUCUUUUAUCUGCCUCUUUGUCUCCUCCACCACAACACAUGUUUUAUCUGGACCUUUUUUUUUUUUUUUUCAUGCUGAACUUGAGUUUAUUAAGAAACAAAUCGAAACACAGACACAUGAAAAAAGGGUAAAUACUACUUGAAUUGGGGAUUAAAAAACCCAGAGGUUAGGUUUUUUCGCGUUCUCUCUCCCUGUUUCUUAAAGGAACGUGUACUUUACUGCUUGGGCAAUCCUGUGUAUUGCUGCCACCGUUGUAUCUAGCGAUGGAUCUGUCUUAUCUUUUUAUUCUAUCAGGUCAAGAGCUGAACUGUAGUGGUUUUAUUUGAGUAAUGUUGGCUUGUAACAUGUGGAUUGACCGACGCAUCCGAAUGGAGCAUGUAUCAAAUCAUGUAUCAAAUCCUGUUAGGCUUCUACUUCCGAUGCACUUCAUUUGUCAUCAUGUUUAAAAUGAGCUCACCUGCCGAUGAGAGAACUAAAUUAAAAGUGAUUUACUGUUUUAAA